GCUGCGGGGAGCCCGGCUGCCGGGGCCCGCGGGGCGCGGAGAUGCGCGGGGCGGCCGCGCUGCUGCUCUGCCUGCUGGGCGGCCACGUCUGGACGGUGGCGAGCAAGACGCCGCGGGCGGCCCCAGCUGUCACCCUGAAAGUGCACGUCAGUGAUGCCAGCACCCACCAGCCCAUCCCGGAAGCCCUUAUUGAGGUGUUCAAUAACCAGGUGGCCAUUGCCUCGGGCACCUCGGGCCCAGAUGGUGUCGCCUUCAUCCGCUUUCAGUAUAAGCUGGGCACCCCGCUGAUGGUCACAGCCACCAAGCACGCCUACGUGCCCAACUCGGCCCCAUGGAAGCCUGUCCGCCUGCCUGUGUUCUCUUCCCUGAGCCUCGGCCUUCUUCCGGAGCGCUCAGCAACCCUCAUGGUGUAUGAAGACGUCGUGCAGAUAGUCUCAGGAUUCCAAGGGGCCCGGCCCCAGCCCCGCGUGCACUUCCAGCGCCGUGCCCUGCGGCUGCCCAGUAAUGCCAGCUACAGCGACCUGACCGCCUUCCUCACAGCUGCCAGCUCUCCCGCCGAAGUGGACAGUUUCCCAUAUCUGCGAGGGCAGGAUGCCAACAGCACAGGAAAUGGUACCCGGCACGACCUGACACCCGUGACAGCUGUCAGUGUGCACCUGCUGGGCAGCGAUGGGACGCCAGUGCUGGUGGACGGGCCCAUGUAUGUCACCGUGCCACUGGCCACACACAGCACGCUGAGACACAAUGCCUACGUGGCCGCCUGGCGCUUUGACCAGAAACUGGGAACGUGGCUGAAGAGCGGGCUAGGGCUUGUACACCAGGAGGGCAGCCAGCUGACCUGGACCUACAUCGCCCCACAGCUGGGCUACUGGGCGGCCGCCAUGUCUCCCCCCAAUCCAGGUCCCAUCGUCACCCAGGACAUCACUGCAUACCACACGCUGUUUCUCUUGGCCAUCCUGGGAGGGAUGGCCUUCAUUCUCCUGGUUCUGCUGUGCCUCCUUUUGUAUUACUGCAGGCGGAAAUGCUUGAAGCCUCGUCAGCAUCACCGCAAGCUGCUCCUCCCGGCCACGCUGGAGAGUGCCAAGAGGGACCAGGCCACAUCCAUGUCACACAUCAACCUGCUCUUCUCGCGCCGAGACGGCGACUUCCCAGGGCCCAUCUCUGUCAUGGGCCACAACCGCCCUGAUGUGCCUGGAGCCCGGGAGCUGCUGGGUGGUGGCGGCCUGGGGGGCCCCAGAGAGGCAGCUGGCGAAGGAGACCCUCGCGCUCCCAUGCUCAAGCUGGCCUACAGCACGUCGCCUGAAUUCAGCUCCCGGGAGGAGCUGCUGUCGCAUCGGGAAGAUGACAAGAGCCAGGCGUCCUUUGACAACCUGACCACGACGCCCAGCGGGACCCUGGGGAAGGCCCCGGAUUACCACAAGUCGGUGGAGCUUUUCCCCCUGAAGACCAGACGGUCCCUCGAGAGGGACAGUUACGAGUCCCAGGGUGCUGACUACAGAGGGGCCAGCUAUGCUGCUCUGCUCCCCCAGCCACUGUUUGAAAGGGCCGACCGGGACAGCCAGGCUUCCCUGGCAGCGGGCAGUAAACUCACCCUCCCGGAGAGCCUGUACCCGGCACCUUCCUCUUCCUCGCCUGAAAAGGAGCAGCUGCUAGAGCGAAGACCGGCCACCGAGUGUCUCAUGUCACGCUCCGUGGAUCACCUGGAGCGACCCUCCUCCUUCCCAAGGCCCGGCCAACUCAUCUGCUGCAGCUCCGUGGACCAAGUCAACGACAGCGUGUACCGAAAGGUGCUGCCCGCCCUGGUCAUUCCGGCGCAUUAUAUGAAACUCCCCGGGGACCACUCCUACGUGGGCCAGCCCCUAGUGAUGCCCGCCGACCAGCAGCUGGACAUUGAGAGGCUACAGGCAGAGCUGGCCAGCCCCCACGCGGGGCUCUACGCGCAUCCCGCCACCCAGAUCCCCGGGCAGCCGCUGUCGUGCCAGGCCAUGUCUCAGCAGCACCUGCAGGAGACAGGUGCACGCAUGUCCGAGUCGCUCUCCAUCCCUGCGUCCCUCAACGAGGCGGCUCUGGCCCAGAUGAACAGCGAGGUGCAGCUGCUCACCGAAAAGGCGCUGAUGGAGCUGGGAGGUGGCAAGCCGCUGCCGCACCCCCGAGCCUGGUUUGUAUCCCUGGAUGGCCGCUCCAACGCCCAUGUGCGACACUCUUACAUUGACCUGCAGCGGGCUGGCCGCAAUGGGAGCAACGAUGCCAGCUUGGACUCGGGCGUGGACAUGAACGAGCCCAAGUCGGCCCGCAAGGGUCGAGGGGACCCCCUGGCCCUGCCGCAGAGCCACCACCAGGGCCAGGAGCUGGCAGCCAAGGAGGUGCGGGGUGCAGAUGGCACGGCCUAUGCGCAGCUGGUGCAUCUAGAUCGAAUGGACGUGGCCGGAGGCAGCAACGAGGGGGGGACCGCCGGGGCGUGUGGCCCCGAGGACAGCACACUGCUGUCCCUGCUGGACACUGGGGGCCGGCGGAGCGGCGGGCAGCUGCCCAGCCUGCAGGAGGAAACCACUCGACGAACUGCCGGUGCCCCCCCUGAGCCCACAGGCAGCCCCCAAAGCCGGAGACCUGCCCGGGAGGAGGAGGAAGAUGAGGAGGAGGAAGAGGACGAUGAUGAUGAUGACCAAGGCGAGGACAAGAAGAGCCCCUGGCAGCGGCGGGAGGAGAGGCCCUUGAUGGCCUUCAACAUCAAAUGAGCCGACUCAGGGGCCACCCCCCAAAAAAAAGUGGAACCCCCCCCCAAUUGCCAAAAAUUUCACCCGGUGUUUGGAGGCAGCCUCACAGGCAGUGGACUUUCUCCUGCUUUGCUCCAGGUCACAGAAGCGAUUUUGGGGGGGCCUGUCCCCCAGGGGAUCUCGCCUCCAGAGAGGGCCGGGGCAAGGGUCUGAAUGUCAUCUGCCCUACCCCUCAUGCC